AUGAAAGCAGUCAACAGAGCUCUCCCCCUUCUUGCAUCGGAGCAAGUAGGUCCAAAAGGCUGGAUCAACAACAUAUCCGUCUUCGAACUCGCUGCCGACUACGAUGCUACCUACAUCUCAUCCAUGCUCCUCUCAGCAUGGAAAAACUUCAAACAGCGAACACCAAUGGUUGGCGUUGAAGCAGUACCUGCAGAUGCCGGCUCAAAGCCCGCCGGCAUGCUCAAGUUACAGCACUACCAAGAGAGGGAAAUCACAGACUUUGUCAUCAAAGAUCACCGCAAUGACGAGAACAUGCCAUCUUUUGUCCAGUUGAAUGAGCAAGGCUUCCCAGGCGCGGCUAUGAACGAUGAGAAGGUCUGUCUCCGUGGACUUGGAGGACCGUGGCCCAACUUUGGAGUCGACAGACUUGCGACCAACCUCAUGCAGGUGAACUUGAUCAAAGGCGGACUGUUGCUCAAUCACCUAUGCUUCCAUGCCAUGGGAGAUGGUGCUGGUAUGUGGAAGUUGACUGAGCUCUUCGCCGAAGAUGUACGCCGAGCCCAGGGUCUACCAAUCGAGCAGCCUGCCACAGUCACCGUCGCCGAUCGCGAGAAACUCCUUCACAGCACCGGCAAGUACGACAGUGCAGCCUUCGCAGCUGCUCACCCAGAGUUCGUGCAUCUUCCCUUCAUCCCGCCAGGUCUCCCCCCAGCUCUGACUGGCGCCAAACACCACGCACACGUUUUCCGCUUCUCGCCAGACGCCAUCAAAGCACUCAAAGACGAAUGUGCGCCCUCUAACGUACGCCUUCUCAAGAACCAAGCUUCUGUCACACCACUGCCUGGCUUCAUCUCGACCAACGAUGCCUUGACAGCACUUCUCUGGAGAUCCGUCCAACUCGCCGAACACGCUGAUCCUUCGUCCAUCGCUGCCGACAAGACCUCGAUCUGCCAGGUAUCGCUCGCAGACUUGGCCGUCAUGAUUCGCAUGGCUGUGAACAAGUGUGGCAAGUCAUAUCACGACGAGCUGGCCCACUACAUUGAGAACAUGGACAACGUCAACUGUCUCGCUGGCAGCGCUUUCCUUGACAUGCCUGGUGCCAACAUGCUACAAAGCAACUGGAGCGAGUUCGAUUACUACGGCAUUGAAUGGGGCUCUGCUCUCGGUAACCACAUCAAGGCUCUGCGUUUCCCUGCCGGCGGCGUUUGUGCUGGUUUCCAGAUCAUCAUGCCCAGUCCGGCCAAUGCACCCAAGGGAACAGCAGAGGUUCUUGUAGAUACAUGGAACCGUUAUGCGAAGAACCCUACCAACACAAGGUACGACUAG